AUGUUAUCAAGAUAUGAUACAUUUGGAUUAAAUAAAAUAGGAGUAAUGGAUGAGGAUAACGCACCUAAAAAUAAGGGAAUAUCAAGACUAGGAGGUCUUGGAGGAACAACUUACAAAGGACUGGAAGGUGUUGACCUUACUAGUGCUACUGUAUGUCAGAGAGAACCAACUAUUAACAGACUGCUUGAAUGUCUGUUUAAUGAACACAUUAUUCUAAUUAGAUCACCAUCAAUGACAGGAAAAACAUCCCUUGGACAACUACUUGGGGCCAAGUUGCUCCAAUUAGAUGAAGUGCAGAAUGGAUCAGCUUGUGUUUUUCGUAUUUCAUUGAUCUGGAUGGAAAACUUGAUUGAUCCUUCAUGGACAUUUGUGGAUGGAUUUCAAAUGCUUAUGAAUAUAACAUGGAAUGAGUUUCUCCAGCAAUGUGGUGAUAAAAAAACAUAUUUGAUUAUUGAUGAAGUGCAACAAAUAUAUAGGAAAGUGAAUGGAGAACCUAAUCAUACUAAUGGAAUUAAAUGA